ACCAGGUCCCGCACGGCACACGACUAGAGGCGCGCACAGUCCGGCACAGUCCACUCGGCGAUACGACCCAUGCUGGACCGUCGUCGCUCCGGUCCACGCCGGCAUCAGGCAUCCAGCACCCGCGUCGUCACCAGGUCGCAUCAACAUCAGGCGACGCAACGUCAGGUCCACCCUAGCACGAGAACGCGGUGCUGUUGCAGUACAUCGACGUCACUACCGCGAUCGCGCGUAGUCCAGGGACCGCGGGUGUACCAGGCCGGCAAUUAAAAAUAACGAAAACAGAAGACGAAGAUAGAUAGAAAGAGAGAGAGAGAAAGAGAGAGAGAGAAAGUGUGUGUGAGGACGUCGAAGGAUUCGAGGAUAUCGCUGGACGACGACCGUCUCCGAGAUCUCCGGUUCAUCGAACUCCCAGCGAAAUACAUACAUAUCGCGCCUGCGGGACACUCGCGGCGCGACGCUUUUGGACUUGUUUAUAUUUACCUUUUUUUUUUUUCUUUUCUUAUCCCGGUCUCCAAGGCUACCGUGUCGGCCGGGCUGAAAUGUGAGCGAGCGGUUGACGAGAAACAGAGUCAAUUCCGACGACGACGUGAUUCUCGUCCGCGGGAAAUCUGUGUGAGACUGUGAACGCCGUUGAUCGCGUUCGAGAGUGUUUUUGCGAUCCCGUGUAAUAAAUUUCGGGCGGAUAGAUUGCGUCGAGAGAGAGAGAGACUUGCUGUCAAUCGCGAAGGGUGCCACCGUCGUCCACGUCGGUCCGCACUGGGUGCGGGCGGAUCGUCUCGAUCGGGGUUAGCCCCGUCUGUCAUAUGUCGUUGGUAGACGCGGUGCAGUCGCGGAGUAGCGCGACCGACGAGGAACAUGAGGACCGACAUUGACAGUUGACAAACAAGUGUCUAGGUGACAAGUGUCGGAUAAACGAGGAGAGAGCGGCCGCAGGUAGAAGAACGCGCGCGCGCGCGUGUGUUUUCCAAAGGGAAAAAGGACAGUGUUUUCGAUAUCCCCGGGAAAAAAAAAAUCGGAUGGACUUGUUCGCGGCGGGCGAAAACGCGCGGCGGAGGUGAGAGGGAGGAGGGCGGAAGCGUGACGACGGCCAAGAUCGGGUCCUUUGUCCCGCUGUUCCUGACACCGACGCGCGCUCUUCGUCGCUUCCUCCUUCCUCAUCUCGUCCCCGCGGAUGUGAUUCAGGAAGACACGACGACUGGCGUCAACAAUAACAACAACAGCAACAAUCAUCCCCCUUUCGACUCCGUCCCGGGGCCCAGGCUCUCGUUGUUGUCCGAGAAACGGUGAAAUUCACGCGACGAUAGUCGAAGAUCGCAAACGCCACCAUGAGGAUCAAAAUGCCCGCGGUCAGGAUCGCGCAAGCGGAAACCUCGCAAGGUACCACGUCCCCAGACACCGUCCAAUGCGGGGGCUGUAGGGCGUCCUACCCCCUCGGCGAGAUCGUCCGGUUCAUCGAACACAAGGUCAACCACUGUCGCAGCACCCUUCAGGGCUGCCACAGUCCACCGGCGACGGCUGCGCCGGAGGACUCCGAUCCGGAGGACGCCCUCACCCUGAAGACCGUCGAUCCGGACUCGAAGUUGAACUCGGUGCCCAGCAUCUCCGCGCCCAUCAACAAGAGGAGCGGUCGUUUGGAGAGCCCGCCGACGCCCCAGGGCCCAGGGCCGGAUACCGGAAGUCCGAUCGACCUCAAGGCGAGCGCCAGCUCGACGCCGAAGAGGCGGACGGAGGCGCCAGACGAUGACAAGGAGGAUCUUCCGAAAAAGCUGAAGAUCGAGUCCGUGGACGCCGACACGAACACAGUCAAUUCCGAGCCAAGAUGGCUGCAGUGCUCGCAAUGUUCCCGGCGACUGUGCUCGGCGUGGGAGCUUCUUCAGCACGUACAGAGCAUGCACGGCGCCCGUCUCUACUGCUCCUCCUCCUCGUCGACAAACUCGUCGUCGAACACCCCGGCGCCGAGUCCACCGACGCCUACGCCGACGCACGCGCAUCACCUUAGCCCGCCAAAUCACCUGAAUCUGAGCGGCAAAUCCACCGGAAGUUCCUCGGCCGCGAACUCAUCAGGCGGCACGAACACGAGUGGCAGUAGCGGUAGCCGACAACAGCUCCAGACCUCGGCGUCCUUGGUGGGCGAUCCUCUCCACAGUUUCUUGAGGUUACCCCAGCAUUUGGAGCGAAGUUUCCCGCCUAUGUUUAGGCCCGACUUCCUUGCCUUGAAUCCUCUGGCAGGGUACAGAGGUCUCCAGGAACUGCAGACGGCCACUAGAAAUCUGCAGAAUCUGGGCGACCCGCUUCGCGGUAUGGACGGUUUGAAUCUGGGUGAUCCGUUGGUACGUAGCUCGCUGGACUCGCUCAACAAUGCCCGGAAUCUCGCAAAUUUGGCCGAAUUGUCGCACGGCCGAGGCCUCGCCGGCCAAGCACAUCCACCGCCACUCGAAGCGAACCUGGAUUUUUACUCAGCGCGCCUAAGGAGCCUCGCUAAUCCGUCCUUAGGCGCGGCUCCACCUACGCCUAGCGGUAAUCCUACGACAAAUCCCCCUCCUCCGCCAGUACCGCCGGUACCAUCAGUCCCCAUUGCUAGUAAUGUUCCACAGCCGCAGCAACAACAGCCACAACAACAACAAUCGCAACAGCAACAGUCGCAGUCUCAUUCUCAAGCUCAUUCAGUGGAACCGCCUAGUCCGGCCUCAGCCAACCCCACGAAUCUAAGCCACGGCAAUCAUCAAAAGGAAAACUCGCCCCCUUGUUACACUCAGAGUCCAGUGGGUCACCACAACAAUAACAAUUCGACCGACAGCGAGAAAACAAGUCCGCCAGUAGCUUCGACGCCGAUAAUUACCGAUUCUUCAUCGGAAACGGUAUACACGUGCGAGGUCUGCGACAAGAAGUUUCGCUUUCAAUCCAAUUUGAUCGUCCAUCGUCGCAGCCAUCGAGACAAGGAGAGGCAGUACCAGCAGCAAGACAGCACGCAAGACAGCCAGAGCACGUCGACGAAAUGCGAAGUGUGCGAAGUCGAAGUAGCGAGCUUCACCGAACUGAGAAAGCAUAUGAGGAAGGAGCAUCAAGAGCAUCUAAACUCAGCUGCCAGCCCACAGGGCAGCGUCGAAACAGUGCCGGACGACGGGUCUAGCUGUGACGAGAACAUGGACCUGGACGAGAUGGAGGAGAACGAUCAAAAAGCCGAGCGCGAGGAUGCGGAGGAGAACACACCCGAAGAUCUAACGAUGAGCACCAAUCAAGGGCAGAGCGGCGAGGAGAGCGGAGGUCGGGUGGAGAAACCGGCCAGUCUGGUGGGCGAUCUCAUGGAGAAGUUCGGGCUGAGCAACAUCGCCCAGUACUCGGAGGCCUAUCGACAGGCGCUGCAAGAGAAUCAUCGCAGCGGCUUCCUCAAGACCGACUCGCCUUGCAAUCUCGCCAAUUCUUUGAAUAACAACAAAGAGAAGGAGAGUGCGCUCUCGCCGAAUUUCAACUCCUCGACGACGCCCAACAUUUUUUCUGGCCAGGGGUUUCCGAGAUCCUCGGGGCCGGACUUUGGCGGUCUCUGGCUACCCAGUCCGCACUACUUGGAGAACAACGAAUUCCGUAAGGUGUCCAAGGCAACGACAUCCAGCCUGGCGCUUCAGGGCUUGCCAAGCCCGUUGCUGAAGAAAGAGCGAAGCGGCCGAAACGAUACUUGCGAGUAUUGCGGCAAGGUCUUCAAGAAUUGCUCGAACCUGACGGUACACAGGCGAUCACACACCGGCGAAAAGCCAUACAAGUGCGAGCUCUGCUCGUACGCGUGCGCUCAGAGCUCGAAGUUGACCAGGCACAUGAAGACUCACGGCCGACACGGCAAGGACACAUACAAGUGUCGUUUUUGCGAGAUGCCGUUCUCGGUGCCAAGCACGCUCGAGAAACACAUGAGAAAGUGCGUGGUGGUGGUGCAGCAGGGUCCCAAGCUAGACAUACCGUACCCGGUGAUCAAGGACGAGGAUUCUUCACUCAGUAGUCAGCUCAGUAAGGAUACUUGAUCCUGGAACGGAAGCCUACCGCCAAUCCCGCCGCUGUGGCCGCACAGGCCGCCAUACCCGGUGUACUGAAGACGGGGAGGGAUCUUCCUCCUCGGCGACCUCGAUAAAGGGAGAGACACAUCUGACAAUCUGAAUCGUGCAGGACUGGCUCGAGCUCAUAGAGAUCUCGGCAGCGCGAUUUCAGAAGGAUCUCUCACCGCGAAAUAUCCGAGGUCACCUCUCGGGAUUAGGAGAGGUGGUAGGUCGAUGCGUGAUCUCGAGAAUCUCUCGACCGAACGGCCUGGAAAUGGCUCAGAAUUAUAAAAAGCAACGGGAAGAUGUAGCGAAGCUGGAGUUUCGACUGGUUCGAGGAAGAGAGGAUCCUCGUUCGAUCGCGAAGACGAAGCGCAAAGGCGAUUCACGUGACGCGAAAACAAGGAGACAGUAUAAAGAGGAAAGGUGCUCGAUGAGAGAAAACCUGCUCCGCGUUUAACUCACUAAAAAAACGAACGAAUGGUUACCAGUUUGCGAGUCUCAGCACAGCUAUUUAAAUUAUGUAUCGCUAUAAAUAGUUAUAAAUAACGCGGAAAAAAGACACUAUA